AUUGCACCUCACUCACCCAGAAACAGACCAGCAAGAAACCCAAGAACAAUGGCCGAGCAAGACCCUCGCACCCCAAUCCUCCUCCUCAAAACCCGCUCCACCCCGCACGACGGCUACGACGACUUCUUCACGAGCCAAAACUACAACCCCGCCUUCAUCCCCGUGCUGGAGCACCACUUCCACACGACCAACCUCCAACGCGUCCACGACCUGCUCGUCUCGGGGGGCUUUCGCGCGGGCCAUCCGAACCAGAAAUACGGCGGCAUCAUCUUCACAAGUCAGCGGGCGGUGGAGGGGUUCGCCCACGUCCUCGAGGGCAUCGAUGACCCAGACCGAAGUCUAACCCCCCUCACCCUCCCCCUCUACACCGUCGGCCCCGCAACCCACCGCUCCCUCUCCGCCCUGACAACCACCUACCUCCCCAACGCCACCCUCCACGGCCAGGACACGGGCACCGGCGAGCUCCUCGCGCACUUCAUCCUCUCGCAUUAUCCGACGUACACCAUGGGCAACACCACAGGCAACACCACGGGCAACCCAGAUGCGAACACCACACCCCCAAAUCCCCCAAACCCAACCCCAACAAUAAAACCCCUCCUCUUCCUCGUCGGCGAACAGCGCCGCGACAUCAUCCCCACGACCCUGAUGGACCCGGCGCGGCGGCCCGACGCCCGCAUCCCCGUGGAGGAGCUGGUGGUCUACGAGACCGGGGUGAUGGCCGGGUUUGAGGAGGCGUUUGGGGCGCGGAUUCGCGCGGAGCGGGAUGCGUUCCAGCGCAAACAGCAGGACGAAGACGACGAGAAAGUGGUCUGGACGGUGGUGUUUUCGCCGACGGGGUGUGAGGCUAUGGUCAGGGUUUUGGAGACGGUGGAUGCUUCUUCGUCAUCGUCGUCGUCGUCAGCGGUUCUGGGCGGUGGGUUGGAAUCACAAAAGGAGGAAGGGGAUUUAGGUCCAAAGGAUUACAACAGAAAGUUCUUUGUCGCGACCAUUGGUCCGACGACCAGGGAUUAUCUCAGGAAUCGUGUCGGGUUUGAACCCGAUGUCUGUGCGGAGAAGCCUAGUCCCGAGGGGGUCGGGAGGGGGAUCCAGAAAUUUAUGGAGGAGUAUAGGGCGGGGAAGAAAUAG